AUGAGCUGCAGGCAGGGAGACUGGAUGUGCGGCGCGUGCCAGCACGUGAACUUCCAGAGGAGGGACAUGUGCCAGCGGUGCAGCUGCCCAAAGUAUGCGGGGCCCGCAGAGCUCUCGGCCUACGGGUCGGCCCAGCUGGCGAAGCAGCACGAGCUGGCGGGUGAUUGGUACUGCGGGGCCAUCAACUGUGGGGCCCACAACUACGCCAGCCGGAACAGCUGCUACAGGUGCUGCACGUCACGGGACUAUUGCGGCCUCGGGGCCGGGGUCAUGGCGGCCGCCGGCUAUGCAGUGCCCGGGUGGAAGAACGGCGACUGGAUUUGCUCCGGGUUUGUAAAUCUGUUCGAAUUUUACACUUUAGGCUAA